CCGAGCGGCCCCGGCAGAGCCCAAGUCCCCAGCCUCCUUCCAGCGAUUAGCCGAGUCAGCGCCAUGGAGAAGAGCGGCGAGACCAACGGCUACCUAGACAGCGUCCAGGCGGGGCCCGCGGCUGGGCCUGGCGCUCCGGGGACCGCGGCGGGGCGCGCGCGCCGCUGCACCAGCUUCCUGCGGCGCAACGCGCUGGUGCUGCUCACCGUGUCCGGAGUGAUAGCGGGCGCGGGGCUGGGCGCCGCGCUGCGCGGGUUCGGCCUGAGUCGCACGCAGGUCACCUACCUGGCCUUUCCCGGCGAGAUGCUGCUUCGCAUGCUGCGCAUGAUCAUCCUGCCGCUGGUGGUCUGCAGCCUGGUGUCCGGCGCCGCCUCCCUCGACGCCAGUUCUCUGGGGCGCCUGGGAGGCAUCGCGGUCGCCUACUUCGGCCUCACCACGCUGGGCGCCUCGGCCCUCGCGGUUGCGUUGGCGUUCAUCAUCAAGCCCGGGUCUGGCGCGCAGAGUCUUCAGUCCAGCGACCUGGGGCUGGACCAGUCGGGGCCUCCUCCGGUGCCCAAAGAGACAGUCGACUCUUUCCUCGACCUGAUCAGAAACCUGUUUCCCUCCAAUCUGGUAGUCGCAGCUUUCCGCACGUACGCAACGGAUUAUAAAGAGGAAACCUACAACACGAGCUCUGGAAACAUAACCCACGAAAAGAUCCCUUUUGGAACUGAGAUUGAAGGAAUGAACAUUUUAGGAUUGGUUCUUUUUGCCUUGGUGUUGGGAGUGGCCCUAAAGAAACUGGGCUCUGAAGGAGAAGAGCUCAUCCGCUUCUUCAAUGGCCUCAAUGAGGCGACGAUGGUGCUAGUGUCCUGGAUUAUGUGGUACGUGCCUGUGGGCAUCAUGUUCCUCGUUGGAAGCAAGAUUGUGGAAAUGAAGGACAUCAUCGUGCUGGUGACCAGCCUGGGGAAAUAUAUCUUCGCAUCUAUAUUGGGCCAUUUCAUUCAUGGAGGAAUUGUGCUGCCUCUUAUUUAUUUUGUGUUCACACGAAAAAACCCAUUCAGGUUCCUCCUGGGUCUUCUCACACCGUUUGCAACAGCGUUUGCCACCUGUUCCAGCUCAGCAACUCUUCCCUCGAUGAUGAAGUGCAUUGAAGAAAACAAUGGUGUAGACAAGAGGAUCAGCAGGUUCAUUCUUCCCAUUGGGGCCACCGUGAACAUGGAUGGAGCGGCCAUUUUCCAGUGUGUGGCCGCAGUGUUCAUCGCUCAGCUCAACAACGUGGAGCUGAACGCAGGGCAGAUCUUCACAAUUCUAGUGACAGCCACAGCAUCCAGUGUUGGAGCAGCCGGAGUGCCCUCUGGAGGGGUCCUCACCAUCGCCAUUAUCCUGGAGGCCAUUGGGCUGCCCACACAUGACCUUUCUCUGAUCUUGGCCGUGGACUGGAUUGUGGACCGAACCACCACGGUGGUGAAUGUGGAAGGGGAUGCCCUGGGGGCCGGCAUUCUCCACCACCUGAAUCAGAAGGCAAUGAAGAAAGGGGAGCAGGAGCUGAGCGAGGUGAAGGUGGAGGCUGUCCCCAACUGCAAGUCAGAGGAGGAGACAUCCCCCUUGGUGACACACCCGAACCCCGCCGGGCCUGCAGCCAGUGUCCCAGAACUGGAAUCCAAGGAGUCGGUUCUGUGAAGGGCCUGGGCUUCAGGCUUGCCUGCUAGGAGCACCUACCUUGUGAGACCAGGCACAGCCUUACCGACUUAAGCCUCCUGAGCAAUGCUUUGGCCCAGUUACUGCCUUGAGAACUCCUUCUCGGCACCGGCAUUGGGCUUCCCGGCAGGAACUGGUUACUGAGAACAAGGACACUCUGACAUUUGGCUUGACCCAUGCCAGGUGCAACUGCGUGUGCACCAGGGCUGUUUGGGAACCUACUGCCAAGGCUUGGGAAAUAACAGGCUCACAGGACCUGGUGGUUAAAGCUUGGAAAAAUGCAGGUGUAUUCUUCAUUGCACCGGGUCAGCUCUGCAUUGGGUGCUUUCCCGGCAAACCUGGGGUUUGCAGUUAUCUGUCACAUUGUUUCACGAGCCAAAGUAAUUGGAAGAAUUCCAAAAUUCUUAGCCUUAGCUGGAAUUCGCUGAGGCAGAACUCGAGAUAUUUAGAGUUUAUGCUUCAAGUAGGCUGGCUGCUGGUUCAUCGACCUGGCACUGCACAUUGUCAAGUUAGAUGUACUCCAGAUGGUGUCAGCAAUGCCGGGUUCUUGGUCAGUGGCACUCAGUAAACAUUUAAAUUCUGAGGUCAAAGAUAGGAGGGAUAAGUGCAGCCUGCUCGGGGAGGGAAGCACCCUAGUAGGGACAUGACACACAAAAUUAGUCCCCUUCUAGUCCCCAUCCUGGGGAAGCUUUCUGCUCCGGUGACCGAGGCCUCUGGCAACACUGCAACUUGAUCCCCAUCCAUGCUGACUUGGCAAUAGGCCAGAGUGGGGCUGCCUUCUCCAGGGAGGGGGAUAUGGUGGUCAUCACAGUCAGGGCCCUUGUUGAUUGAUCAAGAUAUCGCUUUAACUAGACCCUCCCUUUAAGAAAAGGUGGCAAAACUAAACACAAUUUAAAAACCACAAGCCACUCGUGGGGCACCUGGGUCCCCAGACCUUUGGCUAUUUCCGUGGACCUGUUUUCCUUUCCUGCAGUAAUCAGAGUUUAAAAUGAUAAGCCAGAUGGCCACCUUCCUCCAGAUACCUGCUGGCGCGCUUGGAAUCUGUAACAGCGCGCUUUAUAGAGAAGACGGCUGUGGCACUGACAGGGACGACCGAGGAGGCUCAUGGCCGCAGUUUCCCCUGUGGCCUUUGGCGUGUGUCUGUGGUGACCUGCAGGCAGCAAGUCCUGAGGCCUCACUUUACCCCAUUUGUAAAUUGGGACUGAUGUCACCUGCCUCUUACCUACCUCAGAGGGAUUUGGUGAGGCGGACUGAGUGAAUCUGAGAAAACCACCUUUUCAUUUCUUGGAUAUGAAGUGCUGACACCGCUAUGUUCUUAUAUUUUUUACCGAAGUGAUUCCUUGUCAUAGAGGCCUCGUUCCCCUGGUGGAGACAGCUUUUGUGAGCAGGGCUUUGUUCUCCGUGAGCUCUAGCGACUCCCAUCGUGCCACUUGUUCUCUUUGUAGUCUUUCCACAGCAUCCGUGCGGCCUCUUCCUGAUGUCCUUCAGGUUUUCAUGAAUUAACUACCCCACCUUCCACAGCGUUUCCGGAUAUCUGACUUUCCUGUGGUUCCCUGGCAUUUUCUACUGCCCCGCCGCUGGCCACUAAAGCCUCCUAAGCUUUGAGACUCACUCAUGCAUUUUUCCCCUGUCUCCAUGAGGUUGCUGCCACCCAGACCCUGCAGAAGGGGACCACCCCAUUGUAGUGUGUGUCCCACUGAACGAGAAUGGCAGGCAGGACAGAGCAGGUCAAGCCCCUCCGUGUGCCCGAGCAGAAUGUGUGGGAAGAGCUACUGGGUCAGGGGGAGGUUGGGCUCCCUGCAGCCCUUUCUAACCCAGCUCAGCCACUUCCAUCUCCCACAAAGCCAGGAGUGACAGGGACUGGAGCUGAGGGUCCUGGAGGGUCUCUCCUGGCAAGAGCACAUGGCUCAUGCCCUUCAUUUUCAAAGAGGAAACAAUCAUUGUCUGACUCCAAACUGCAAAUGACCAUUCACUACUUUUUAGAAUUCAGUAUAUCUUUCUUUCCACAUAUAUAUGGUAUAUAUGAAUGCUUAUAUAUGUAUAUAUUUAUGUACAUUAUUUUUAGCUCCAGUUCAAGCAGUUUGAGUUUGAGCAGAGGUGAACUAAGCCUCUGCUUAGUUGUGUGGCUUUGGCAUCCUGAUUUUCCUGUGUAUAAGGAUGAAUUUCACAAAAUGUGGAACUUAGUUGAGGGCUGGACAGUAGGACCCAGGGACUAUGCAUUGCCUAUCUUGGAACUGGAAAUACAGUAAGGAGGGUGCUGUGAUCUGGAGAAGGGAGCUUCUCACCCAAGUCCCCACAAUGGAUGACCCCCUAACCCGGUCGGUGAGCGGGGGAAGAGGUGCCGGCUUUCUCCCUGUUGUCCAGUCCAUGGGGAGUGAGACCAGGAGGGAUGUGGCUGGGAAAACCCCACUUCCUCAUUUCUGAAGACGUCCGCGCCCCCGCCAUUCUCUUCUGAGUGUUGUCAUAAAUACUGUUCAUCUCUCACUGUUUUGAAUGUGUGAUACUUGCCUUAAAACAGCUGUCCUAAAAAACAAAUACAGUAUUUC